GAAAUUUGUGACGUCAGGAUGCCGCAAAACGUGACAUCAUCCCAAUGAUCCGGAAGUGAACAUCACUAGCGGGUCACUUUCGCUUUUCAUGUUUCCACGGGACAACGCAUUAUAACACAGUAUGGUCCGAAUUAUGGUGGGGUUUGUAGGCAUGUGAUAUGGAGAUAGGCGGAACGGCUGGUUUGAACAUUCCAAGCGCAACGUUGGGCGGCAGAUGACCGAGAAAUAUUCCUCCAGAGGCGCAGAGGUGUAACGUACGAGUCGAGGACAUGGGUUCUGAUUUCAUUUUCAAGGUGACCGUUUCUAUCCGCCGAGAGGACGACGGGUCGCCUGUGUUCUUCAAGAUCGACGGAGGCAGGUUUAAGACGAGUGAGAGGACCAUCAAGCUACAGGCAGAUGUCCAGUAUCGACUGGACAUCGACAUCAAGCCAUCGUUAUACCCCAAAUCCACCUCCCUAGGCACCACCUCCCUCCAGCUGAAGGAGCAGAGUCGAGAUCCCCACAGUGUCAGGUACACCACUGUCUGGUCUACAGCAGGGACAAGUGUCAGCAAGAAGGGCUCCAGACAAGAUGUGCCCUUUGUCAUGGAGUUUGAUGGGCUGGGUAUGCUAAAGGUGUGUCUGCAGUGUAAGUUCUACAAGGCCAGUGACUCGGACCACUGUAGCUGGGGAGACAGCUUCAAACAGAUGGAGCUGAACUGCACACUUACAGAGGAGAGGACCUUCAUCAAGGUCUACAACCAACAGUUCAAGUAAAAACACUAGGCAUGGAUGAUAUUUAGGCUGUACCAAUUUAUAAACUUGGUUCUGUUUGAUAGGUUUAUCUCAAAUCAGGUCAUGAUUUUGUGCCAAUUUUCAGUGCAAGGAAAUACAUUCCAAAUUGUGUGAUUGUCAUGUUUGUUUUAUGAAUGCAUAGUACUGGUGGUCUUUUGUCAUGAUAUGAUGUAAACUGUAUUUUAAUAUGAAUGGAAGUUUCAGAUAAAGUGGUGACAGGUGUUUAAAUGUGCUUGGUAAGUCAUCUUGACUGUUGAUGGUACUAGUACUUAGGUGUGUGCUCCAAUAUUGCUAUCACCUGGCAUGACUAUUGUAUAGUCAAUACACAGAUGUUCCUGGCACAAUAAAGGUUAAAGUUCAAUGUCAAAGUCAAGGUUGUAUGUCUAGGUGAAAGGGUGUUUGUUGUCUGCAUGAACAGUGCCAAUGUGACAUUCCAAAUGUUUAUCUCAAUGUACCUUAGAAUAUGUACUUACUUAUUUGGUAUAAAUCACACUAUGCUAGGUUAUGAUAUUGUAGACAAUCUAUAGUUCAUUGUAGCAUGUGCAAAUGCUAGAUAUUAUGAGUCACAAAGGCAUUAUGUUUGUAAGUGAACUUGUCUCACUGUAUGUGAUUUAUUUUCUGAGAAACAGUCUGGCAGCUAUGAUAGCAAUAUGCAACUAAGCACUCCAGUUAGCCUGAAUACAACUUAUGAAUGUUAAUUAAUGAAAUUAUCUCAGUUUCUUAUGAACUUGGCAUGGUGGAUUAGCUCUGUUUUGUGAUGUUUUCCACUCCUGUUGGAGACUACAACCGAAAUGAUAUAUCUUAUUUGUGAUGUUUUUAGGGGGAAAGGCCAUUUUAGUCUUAGUAUAUUUGUUUCAACCCCUUGUUAGACCAAAAUGUGAAGGAAAAGUGGAGUUAAAAUCUUUAGAAUCCACCAUAUCCAUAUGUGACUUUGUCUUCAUUCAGUCAGAAUUUCAAGUAGAUGAUCAGUUCUUCCUGCAAUACUGUAAAUGCAUUUAAGUUCGCGGGGAUUUAAUUUCGCGGUAAAGGGGAAAAGGACUUUUUGUGGUGGUUUUAAUUUCGCGGUAACACCAUAGACUGCAGUCUAAUACCAUAAUAGAAAAUUGUUUGCGGUGGUUUUAAGUUCGCGGUAAGGUGGUCACCGCGAAAACCACGAAUAUUAAUCCACCGCGAACAUUUCUGCAUUUACAGUAAUUCCCAGUCAAGUCCUCUCUCUGUUGUUCCACUUUAACAUUUAGAAGAUAAUAGAAAGUCUUGGGUUUGUGGACAAUGUUAUCUAGAAAGAAUAAUGAACUACCAUUUUUCAUUGCCAAGAUUGAUGUAACGUGUUAAGUUCAUUAGUUUGCUGCUGUGGGGGCUGCAUUAUAUAUCAUUCCCAUUAUUUCUGCAUGAUUGGCAUCCUGAUGUCAAUGUUGGAGAUAAUGUAGUUUUUAUGGGCUGUUUGAUUAAAAUGAGGAAAUAUGUCAUCCCGUGUACUACUGGAACUCUGAUUGUUCUGUGAUGUCUGGAUGUGAAAGGCAUGGAUACAUAGACUAUGGAAAAUGUUUGUCCUAGUAUAAACUUCCCAGAAAGGUCUUAAGCUUUUGUUGAAUGACAGGAGAUAUUGACAUGGGACUUAUUAAGAGCAUUUCACGUUCUUAACAGUUAAUAUUGAAGAUAAAAUUUACUAUGAAUUAAUGGAAAAAUAUGCUAGACAGCAUCUGAAAUGUGUUGAUUCUCCAGUGGUGUAGAUUUGGUUGAAAUAUUGAUAUUAGUCCCUGAAAGUCUAAUCUUCAUAAAUGUAUUGUUGACAGUAUUUUGUCAAAAUAUCUCUCACUCAAUAGUAACCUGAAUAGUCACACCCAUGAAGCUAGCAUUCCAAAUGUGACAUUUCAUGAGAUUGGCUGUUUACAUCUGAGGAACACUUCCAUGUAUGUAGUUUUCUUGUAUCAAAGAAUUACAACAGUUGAUUUCUGAGAAUAAAUGUCCAUUUGUUACGUCUGCCAUGUAUGUAAUUGGAAAUGACUUUUCCAUAUGUGUUAAUUUUACAUUUUAUGUCUAGUUUAAAUGUCCAUAUCAUUAGUAGAGAUUAUGAUUCUAUAGUUGGGAGGCAAAUAUAAUGUUAAAGGUUGUCAUUGUCUCAUUAUGCACCAACCAAAUUGGGAUGGUGAGCUGAGUGAAUUGGUAAAAGGGCUGAAACAAUCAGUUAUACAAACAACAAGAAAUUAUUCUUCAGUCUUGUGUACUUAAUGCAAAUGAAAUGCAUGAAACAUUAGUUCCUUUGUGAAAGAUGACUUUUUCAUUUGUCAUUUUCUAAUGAAUGGUGCAUAUCUUCUCACUUCGCUGAAUGGUAAAGCUUCAAUUGUAUCAACAUGCCUUCCUGUUAUAACCAUACAUGUACUUUUAGAAUGCACAUGUACUUAAUGGUAUCUUGACAACUGUAGCAAUAGCUAGAAAACAGUAGUAUAGAUUGAUUUUCCUGGCCUGGCUACUUGAAAGUAACAUUGUGAACUUGACUUAGUCCCUAUAACAAUGUGUUAUUGAUAUAAACUAACAUGUGCCUGUAUAGUAAUGGUGAUGUUGUUUCGAUUGUGUGACCAGAAUCUGUGCACGACUGUAAACUCUGGUGAUGAACAAUAUACACACUGAACUGCAUGUGUCACAGUGUGGUUGUCUGUAGGGGUUUCAAACACCAUGUCAGGAUCUAUAAAGGCUUGUGUACUGAAUAGGGGAUGUCCUCGGUGCUGAAGAUGUAGUCCACUAAUGUGAUUAAAGGUACCAAACCCUUGUAUCAUCU